AUGUAUAAAUAUGAAAGAAAGGGCGUUGUUAGCGUAACCCUAGACUGGUUCUGGGCUAUAAAGCACAUGGAAACAAAAAAUCAAAACCUAAAAUUAGUGUGUAUGAAAGUAAGUGUAUACAAAUAUCUUACCGCUGUCUUGAAUUCCCGACACAACCCUAACCAAUUACAACAUGAUGGCACGAUCCCUGAUAGGUUCACCCUUGUCAUUCAAGUUGGAAGUACUGUGAGACUAAGCAAAGAUAUCUCGGGGGAGGUCACCAUCCUGAUUAUCAUGAGAGAUAUCACCGAACUACCAUUUGAUAGAGCGUUGGGUUGGGUUGAAUUGGAUUGCAUUUAUCUUUUGACAAAUUCUGUGAUACACAAAAAGCUUAUGAGCACAGACAGAUUAUUGAGUGUAAAGCCAUUUUACUACUGCUACUACUACCGAUAA